AUGGCAAAGCAAUCAUCAAAAUUUAACAAAAAGGAGAAAAGUUCAGAGAAGCAGCUCAUCGGUAACGAAAAGCAUCGGUUGGUGGAAGAGUUGCACGCUCCAGCGAGAAGAUAUUUUCCCCGUAGACGCGUCAUAGUGCGCAGAUACGAUGAUCUUUGGCAAGCUGACUUAGUAGAGAUGCGUCCUUACUCGCGAUUCAAUAGAGGCUACCACUAUAUACUCACUGUUAUCGAUGUGUUGAGCAAAUAUGCGUGGGCUGUACAGAUGAAGAGCAAGAGCGGUAAAGAAGCAGUGGCAGUAUUCACCAGGAUAUUUCAAGAAUCUGGAAGAUGUCCGAAAAAUUUGCAAACGGACCAGGGAAAAGAAUUUUAUAAUGCGGAUCUGCAGAAACUCCUUAAAAAACACGGUAUCAAUCAUUAUUCUAUGUACACGGUAAUGAAGGCAUCUAUUGUGGAACGAUUCAACCGCAUGUUAAAGAACGACAUGUGGAAAAUGUUUACGUUGAAUGGAACAUACAAAUGGAUCGACUCGUUACUGCGCCUUAUCGCGGAGUACAAUACACGGAAACAUCGAACUAUCGGCAUGACCUAUCGACGUGACACCCGAGAUCGCCGAUAA